CGCUGUAGCGGCGCUCGACUGAAACACGGCGGGAAUCGAACCUGCCCGAGCGCAUCAGCACCACCUGGUACACCUGGGACAGGAAGACGGAGACAAGGAGCGAUUCUCUUAUUGAUUCAUCUUCAUCUUCAUGAUCAACAAAGGUCCUCGUUAGGUUUCUUCUUGUUUACUUUAAAUAUGAUUUAUUUGAACUUCUUUAUUCGGGCGGACACAGGAAGUGAAUUCAUCCACCGUUUUAGGGAACACUGGGAAGUCUCUAGAUGUUCUCCAGGACGUUCUGGAGGUCCUUCAUGGGGUUCUAGUGGUGAGAUGUUAGCUUUGGACUGUGUUCCACCAUUGACACCAGGACAGGGAACGUUCUCUAGAAGAACGUUGGUCUCUGACAUGGACUCUGUUCAGGUUCUCACCACAUGUUUGCUCAGAACCUGGUCGAUGAUCCGAGCUGAAGGGAUUUCAAACAUCAGCCUCUCGGGGCGGUGCCGCCGCUUCACCACCCGGACGUUCUCCUGAAGCUGCUGAGUCGUCAGAGAGGGGCAACCUACACACACAGACACAAAGUUCAUGCAGAGAGGUCUGGACGAUGAGACCAAGAAGCAGCUGGAGGAGGACGAGCGGAGGAUCAUCAGUGACGAGCACUGGUACCUGGACCUGCCGGAGCUCAAAGCCAAGGAGAAUCUGAUCAUCGAGGAGAAGAGUUUUGUUCCGUGUGAAGAUCUGAAGUUCGGCCGCAUGUCCUUCAGAGGGUUCAACCCGGACGUGGAGAAGCUGAUGACGUUGAUGAACCCGAGCGACGAAGGCCCAGCUGAGGAAGAGGAGGUGACGAGCAGGAUGCCAGCAGACGUCACAGAUGAAGAAAUGGCUCUGAGGUACGAGAGUCUGGUCGGCAGCAUGAAGAGGAAGUUCGUGAAGAAGCGUGAGCGAGUGACGGACGAGGACGUCAAUCAAAACCUCGUGGAAACGAACACAAAGAGAAUUUUUCUGAAACCUCAGGACUGAACUUACAAAACGUGAUUUCAUGUAAAUGUCUUUUGACAUAGUUGUGUUUUACAGCCGAGUGGAUGUUAUACAUCCUGUCCAUUUUUUUUUGUGGAUUAUCUUUGAGAAGCUGGAAGAGUUCAAAUGUUUUCACUCAUUAAACUCUCGUUUUUAAAACUUUA